AUGGACGGUUUCCCUCCCAUGCCGGCCGAGAUUACUCGUCUCGUCGCCAUCGAAACUCUAAGGGCCCGCGGUAUCAAGCGCGCUCUGCGCCUACGCCGUGUCAACCGCUCGUGGGACCACGAGAUCGUGGGAGCAAUAGUCGAAUCAGGAAUCCUCGAGGAAAACCCCCGAAAGAAGGCUUAUUGGACUCCCCUCAAGGCCAAGUACAUCAUGCACAAGCUGCAACAGCGCGAAGGCCUACUAUCGCGAGGGCUCCGCAUCCUACGCAAGGCUGCGCAGCAUCUCGUGGCCCUUCGAACAGGCAAACCAGAAUUCGAGACUCGAGAGGAGGUCCAGGAAGUCCUCUGGGAGUUUUGCAAGGUCACGCAGGAAUUCUCCCGAGAUACCGAGGAUUCGUGGUUUGAGGUGCCUGAAGAGAUGGAACCUAUCGAUGACUCGGACGAGGCUUUCAGAGGAGCUCUGGUUGCCGGCGCGGUCGCGUUGAAUGACCUGCAUCUCCUCCAGCAAGUGCUUCCGUUAGUGCAAGGCCAAGAAAGCCGGCAUUUGAUCUACAUGACAACGGAGAUGGAAGAUUGGGUGCUUGGCUGGCCGCUAGAUAUUGCGGCCUACAGAGGUCACGCUGAAGCGCUGCGCAUGCUGUUUGAUGUUCUGCAACACAGCUCGGGACUCAUGAAUGCACGUUUAACUGCGUUGGAGUGUGCGAGCGCAGGCAGUCAGAUCGAGACAGUCAAGCUCUGUCGAUAUCCCCUUGGCUAUUCAACUUGCGACUAUCCAUACGAGCAUUUCCUGUCAGAUAUGGAAAAGAAAACCCCUGAAGUAUUCGACUGCCUCUAUGAGUGGCGCAAAGACAACUUACUCAAGCAACAUUAUAACUCUUGGGAAAUCUGCGAUGCAGAACACGCGCGGUCAGAACUUCGACGUCAGGCAUACUGCCGCGCCACCUCAUGUGGCAACCUGCCGAUGAUGAAGUACCUCGUCAACCACCACGGAGUCCCGCCCAAGCUUGAUGAUGAACGUCCCGAUGACCAAGACACAUUCCAAACAUGGAUGAGCGUUGUCGCAGGCGGAGGGUACGAAGAUGUUUUGGAGUUUUUGCUGGAAAAUGGGCAAGUGAUCAGCUCCCGAUCACUCGAGUAUGCUUGCCGCCACGGAAAUCCCGCUUGUGUGAGGAUUCUCCUCGAACACGGCGCCAAAGACUAUUUCAGACCAGGGAGUGCUCUGCUCGAGGCCGUCAAGGGAGAACAUGAACAAGCGUUGCGUCUGCUGGAGUCAGACGGUCAGGUGGACGAGGAUCACAGGAAACAAGCGCUGGAACUCGCAGAGAAAGAAGGGUUGGAGUCAAUGGCUCAGCUCAUCAAGGAGUACAUGUAG